GAAGCGGCAGUUUCCUCGGCCCAGGGACCAGGCCAUGCUGGGGAGGAAGGCAGGCAUCGUCAGGAGCAGGCUCCUCACCGACUUGAGAAAGAAGACCAAGCAGGCGGAGAGAAUGCUGGGGAACGCAGCGUCUGUCUCUUCCAGUGCCAAGAAGAAGGGCAGGGAAGCCGAGGUGUUGGCCAAAGACAGUGCUAAGCUCGCCAAGGCCUUGCUCAGGGAGGGCAAGCAGGAGCACCGCCGGGCAGGCCGGCUCUCCAGCCAGACGCGGGCGACGUUCCGACAGACCUCCCGGCAGGUGCUAGCCUCACAGGCCCGAAGACAGGAGAUGGAGGAAGCAGAGCUGAUGGGUGCAGAGCUGAAUGCCUUGGAGCAGCAGAUCUGGGAAUCGCGCACCUCCCUGGAGAAGGAUGUCCAGGUCUUGUUGGAGCUGCUCGCCAGGCUGGAGUCGCUGGACACCCAUCAAGCCCCAGCCCAGGCCCUGAACGAGACCCAGUGGGCCCUGGAGCGCCUGAGGCUGCAGCUGAGCCCGCCGGGGGCCCUGCAGGGGAAACUGAGGCUGUUGCAGCAGGAGUCCGAGCAGCAGGAGCUGCAGAUCCAGAGCUUCGAGAACGACCUCGCUGAGAUCCGUGCUGACAAGCAGAACCUGGAGGCCAUUCUGCAUAGCCUGCCCCAGAGCUGUGCCACCUGGCAGUGAAGGCCCCCCAGGCGCCCCCACCCCCCGCCGCUAUGGCCCUAGCCCGGGGCAGGAACACACACCACACAGGUGCAGUCCUGCAGGCGCUGCGUAUCCAGCCCAAGCGAAUACUCACGUAGCCUUCCGAGUCCAGGACCGCCAGGGUCAGCGUACGUGCACAGUUCACCCGGGCAGGCACUCCCAUGCCGUGAUGCAUAAACACGCGCAGCCCAGUGUCGAUAACACCUACGUGCGCACAUUGUGGGGACACGCCUGUGUGCAUGAUGCACACACGUAUGCUCGCUCCCCCGUGCGUGCACACAGUACACUCAGUCCACAGCCGGUUACCGCACAUCAGCUGUGCACCCCUCUCCCCCCGAUGCUUUAACAUACCCUCCGCACCACCACACUCACUCUUGCUCCGGAAGGCGAGGACCCAGGCAGAGCUGGUGCCUGAGAGGCUGAGGGGGGCCAACCGCAGAGAUCCAGGAUGGGUUCAGCAAGAGCCAGAGCCCCCAGCCCCGGAACUGCCCCCUGUCCUGCUGCAGGACAUCCCGGGACACCCGCCCAUCACCUGCUCCGCGCAGCUGAGGGACCAGGCAGGCCAAGAGAUGCAAGAUCCUCAGCAGCAAUCUGGGGGGGUCUCAGGAACCUGAGGCCCGGGGACCUCGCGGGCUGUGGUGCAGCCUACUCGGCCCGCCAGGAGGAUGGCCCACCCCUGCAUGGUUAUCACUGGCAUCGUGGAAUGCUUGGUCUCGGGACCCUGGGAAUAGCCUGCCCUGGGCCGGGUGCUCCUUUCAGCCUUGGCCUAGCCAGAGAGCUGGGCCUCAAGGGCCUGAGGGGGCGUGGGUCAGGGGGACUAGGGUCCUGGGGGAGCUCCUCUUUGGGACCCCAAGACCCUAGCCGGCCUUUGACUGAUUGACACUGGCCCUGAGGCCCUGCGGCCCCACCUGCCACAGGGGAGGCCCCUGCUGGGUGUGGAGGCCUGGCUGCCACUCCAGCCUGUCCUGCUGGGGAGCUCCCCCUGUGGUCAGGCCCUCCACCAGCCUCUGCCCAGGAUUCCUGGCAUUUCCUCCUGGAGCUCCUCCCCAUCCCCGGGGCCCUCUUCCCGCCAGCAGCAGGCUCUCGGCACCGGGGCCCCGUGCUUCAGGAGCCCACCACCCCUCGCAUGGCUUUUCUUGCCACAGGCAGGGCGGGACAGGCUGCAACAUGGACCGGUUCUGUUAAAUGUGAAAAUAAAGGACCCCUAUACUAGC